AUGGCGGCGAGGGGCUGGUCAGCCGUUGGGACGGAACCCCCGUUGCCCGGGCUCCCCAACCGACCGCCCCACUCUCCAGCCACCAUGGCAGCCGUGCCGCCAACGGUGGCUGCCUGGCUGCUGCCCUCCCUCCCCGGAGCGACGGCGCUGCCCUUGCAGCCCCCCCAGGUACCCACCCUCCCCUACGCGCUGCCCCAGGCCACCGUCUGGCACGUGGUGCCGGGGGUCCAGGGGCAGGUGCUGCAGCUCCCCGCCGGGGUGCAGCUGCCACCCGGGGGGCACCUCCCACCCGAGGGGCACCACCUGCAGCUUGGGCAGCUCCCCGCCGUGGGGCAGCUCCCUGCUGUGGGGCAGCUCCCCCACACCGCUCCUCCCUGUGCCCCCGUCUACCAGUGGGGACAGCCCGUGGUGACGGGGACGGUGCUGCCCCAGGAUCCCCUCUGGUUGGGGCCCGGGGCCGUGCUCCAUGGGGAGCUCCUGCACCCCGCAGGCACCUGCCUGCUGCAGGCCCCUGCCCACCCCGGCCCCCCACCACUCCUCGCCCCGGGGCCUCCGCUGCGGGGGCAGGCGCUCCCCGCGCCCCGCACCCUGACCAGCAGCCGGGGGCAGCUGCCGGAGCCCUGCGACCACGCCGUGGGGCUCAGCGAGGACCAGGGGCCCCCGCUGCCCGGCCCCACUCCCCCCGAGCCUGCCCAGGCUCCAACGACCGCCAGCACCCAGACGGUGACGCCCGACGCGGCGACAGUUGCAGAGGUGCCUGAGGAGCCCCUGGAGCUGCUUGAGCUGGGCCCCGAUGCCUUCGCCGAGGCCUUUCCCCACCUGGCAGGGGACAGCCAGCAGCUGCAGCACCUGCAGGACCAGCUCCCGGCCGACCUGGACAUCUCCGGCUUGGAGGAGCUGCUCAGCUGGCUCGAUGCCGUGGAGCCCCAGGACGCCUUCCCCGGUGUCCCCAGCAGUCCUGUGCUCGGCCGCUUCCUCUCUGAGCUGCCCGACGUCUCCGAGGACAUCGAGGAGCCGAGCGCACAGGGACUGGCAGCCACCAGAGCGCUGGGUGAGGUACCACCAACCCCUGGGGUGCACCCCGAGAAGGUGCAGGGUGGGCGGUCGGUGCAGCCCCCUGCUGUGCCGGCAGUGAGCUCCCCCCUCAAGCCUGCAGCCAGUCCCCAGCUCAGUGCCCUCAGGAGACCCCUGCCCAACCCUCCCUUCACUCUCCCCAAAAGGCCCCCCCACCCUGAAUUCCUCACUGCCCUUAGCACACCCCUGCCCAACCCUCCCUCGCGUCCCCUCAAGAGACCCCCCGACCCUGAAUUCAUCACUGCCCUUAGGAGACCCCUGCCCAAGCCUCGCUUGAGUCCCCUCAAGAGCCCCCCCGACCCUGAAUUUAUUAGAGACCUUAGGAGACCCCUGCCCAAUCCCCCUCUGAGGCCCCUCAAGAGCCCCCCGCCUGCCCCUGCGCCCACCGGCACCAAGUGGGGGGCCAAGCGCCCCGCGCCCACCAGCACCCCCAGCCAAGCAGGCAGCGGCAGGCAGCAGCCGGCGAGCGACAGCACCAGGGAGCCCGGCAAGAGAGCCCGAAGCCCGGGGGCUGCUGGGGGGCAAGGAGCAGCGGCACCGCCUCCCCGGAGAACGCAGCUGCUGCUGGAGCCCCCCCCCAUCAAGCCCCGUGCCCGUGCCCGUGCCGUGCGGGCCCAGGACAGGCUCCGUCCCCAAGCCAUCGGGGCCAAGACGCUGCAGCACCAGCACCCGGGGCCAAAGACCCCCAGCGAGACUUUGCAGCUGCUGGGGGCCAGGGCGAAGGCGCUGGGGCCAGUGCGCCAGCCGCCCUGUGUGCAGCCGCAGCCCACCUCCAGCGGCCCCAGCAGCAUGCCCAGGGCCCCGCCGACGGUGCCAGGCUCCGGCGCUGUGCCCGCUGCCCCCCGGCCCCCAGCUGGCGACAAGGCCCAGGCGGUGCCGCCACCACCAGGCAGCGCGGCGCGAGCGUGGAGAGCUCCCCUGCAGCAGGCACCCGGAGCCCCGUGCCUGCCAGCCGCGGGGGGCCAAGCGCAGCGGGAGGCUCUGCCCACGCAGCCGCGCAUGCUGCAGCGUCCGGCGCAGCCCCGCGUGGACUACGUGCCCUGCGUGCGGCCCUGGGCGGGCAGCGGCGCGGCGCCCACGCCGCUGGAGGAGCAGGAGUCCUCGGUGCCCAUCACGCCGCAGCAGCGUCCCGAGCGGGAGCGCCUGAAGAAGCUGGCCCAGGAGGAGCGGCAGCGGGCGGCCCACCAGACGAAGAUCGGCCCCGUGCAAUUCUUUGUGCAGCGGCAGAAGGACCACGCCAUAGCCAAGUAUUACGGCUACCCGUGA